AUGGUCCGACGUCAAGUGACUCGACCCCCUCGAGGUAUGUCAUUGAGCUGCGAGGGAUAGAAAAGUUCCGUCAGCGAGCGUUUCUGUUUAGUUACGAGCGAGAGAACGCGUGGCGAGAGAGAAAUACGUCACGUGAGCCACUACCACAGUCCGCAUGUGUUGCGAUGUGUGUUUAACCAAAAAAAUCGAUUAUUGCUCUGUCUCUUUUCGUCGCAAGGUCAGACAGACGGCAUCCAUCUCCUCAGUCGCCUUACACACGCGCGCGAACGCGCAUUCAUAAGCAAUCAUUCAACUAGCUGCUGAUUAUGAACUCCAACCAGCACUCGUUUUCAGAGGAGGGGCUGAAUGACCCCUUGGCAAAUGUGGAGCAGUUCAAUAUCAUACAGUUCCUGCAAGCCGAGGGAGAGUGAGUUUACUGUUUCGAAAUGUUUCGUAAUCGUUAUUUUUUUCAGCUUCAACAUUCCAAUAGAAACGUUGGAACAAAUCAACCUUGGAGAAUUGAAAAACGAGCCUGGGAUGCAGACUCCACCACAACAGCAAAUGCAAAUGGAUCCGCAACUUCUCCAGCAACUCCAACAGCAACAGCUUCAGCAACAACAACUUCAACCGCAGCAGCAACAGCGCAUGCAACAGCAACAGCGCAUGCAACAGCAACAGCACCAAAUGCAUCCGCACCAAAUGUAUCAGCCACAGGUAACAAUCACUGAUCAGCUAUCAAAGUAUUCUGUUGCGUUUCAGAUGAUGCAAGGAAUGCCGAUGACCCCUGCUAUCACCGACCUCACUCGUCACGGAUCCUCUUCUUCGCCGUCCACCACCAACUCGGACCCGCCAUACUCGCCGGAAGGACUCAACCAAUUUGCCCUCGGGAGUCAGCGCAUGAAUCCCGGAGUCAUUCCCAAUGGACCUGAUCCUCAAGAACUCCUGCAGCGCCAAUUCGAUCAGCGAAACAUUCCCCAGCAGCAACAGCAACAGAUGCUGCAACAGCAACAACAGCAACAGCAACAUCAGCCGCAACGACAGCAACAGCAACAGCGCCAGCAACAUCAGCAGCCACAGCAACAGCAGCAACAAACAAUUUCGCCACCAGAUGCUGCAGUUUUCAAUCAGUACCUUCAAAGUCAGCAGCCAACCCCAACCAGUUACAUCCAAUCGGUUUCUCCGGACAGCCAGGACGGAGGGCAAGGAUUCAUACAAAGCAACCUCUACAAUGCGUUGAACGUCUCGAGUGACGAGAGCAUAGGCGGAUGCUCUGAUGAACCGCCAAACAACCGCAAACGUCCGCGCAUGGAGCAGCAGAACCUGGAUCCCAGCUACAUUCUGAAUGCGGCCUUGUCAGGAAGAAUGCCAGGAGAGACCCCGGCUCCAGAUGAGAACGGCGGCCAGCUCAGCAUCAAGUUCUACAGAUACAAUGAGACGGAUUGGCAUCCCCUGUACGAUGCCGAAGGACAACACCUGCAAUGUAUUCAAGUGCACGUUGUUGCCGACAAAGGAUUCAACUACUCUAACAACGACAAUUGUUUCGUCAACCAGAAGAAAAACCACUUCCAGGUAAAUCUGUUGCCCACAGUUAUUUCUAAACCCCACAAUGUUUCCAGGUUACUGUCAGCGUCGAGGCUAUGGACCCAACUCCACCACAGUGCUUCAAGCAUAAUGGACUGAUCAAGCCAAUCGAACAUUUCCAAUUGGCGUUCACUGGUGUCAAAGCAGAGGUAAGAAGAUCGGAAGGCUCAAUUUAAAAACAUUAAACCCUUUUUUCAGGCGUUGAACUCUGAGGUGGCCAUCCGUCAGUCAACUUCUGACCGUAAGCCGGUCCUCCACACUCCGGUCAUCUUCAAAGUUGUCGAGCGUCGAAUGACUAAAGUGACAGUCCCAAGGCUUCACUUCUCGGAAACCACUCUGAACAACCAGAGAAAGAACCUUCGCCCGAACCCUGAUCAAAAGUUCUUUAUGCUGCUUGUCCGCCUAUACGCCACUUCGACCGACGGGACUACUGUACUGAUUCAGUCUUUCAACUCGGAGCGUGUCAUUGUCCGAGUGAGUCUUGUUAUUGCACAAGUACAUAUGUUAAUUGACUUCAUCAAUGCGAAACGGGAGUAA